AAAGGAAUGCAGGGAGUACUUAAGUUAAAUCCAACAACUUGAUUAUAAAUUUGAUAAAAUAAUCUCUACAAGUUGAAUCAACCUUCUUUUAAUAGAAUUUUUUAAUCCAUGAUGGUUGCAUCAUGUCGUUUAAUACACAUAUAUCGGCAUGCAUAUUUGUUUUAAUAAAAAGGUUGGACCUGGUAAAUUAAUCACAAGCCACUAUGUUAAUUUCUUGUAAGAAUGUUUUUGCGAUGAAGUGUGAGUGUAGCAGCCAAUAGUCACAGCUUAUUUUUUUCACAAUUACUAUUCAAUAUUAUAUGAUAAAUUCUCCAUAUUUAAUUAAGCAGAGCCUCCAAAACCAGAAGAAGGGUUCAAAGUAGAUUACUUCAACUUCUGUCUAAAAUUGAAGGUUACAGCCAGCCAACACACGUUUUUGUUUACAAAGUAAGACCUACUCUCUCCUUCACAAUAACAUAUAAAUACACAUAUCAUGAGGCAUAUAUUCUUCACCUUAACCUUAAUUACUAUCCAACAACAUAUAUACUUCCCUAUCAUUCUCUUCCUUGCACACUAAUACUGAAAACUAAGAUACAUACAUACUAGUAUACUACAUCAAUUCAGACAUAAAGCAUAUCCUACAAAUUAACAAUGGUUAGAAUGCAUGCAACACUUUGUACCUUGGUUCUAAUUAUACUCUCAGUUUCAACAUUGACAUCAUCAACAUCUUUGGAGUUUGGUUUCUACAAGACAACAUGUCCAUCCGCUGAGGCAAUUGUGAGAAGAGCGGUAAACAAAGCCGUUUCACUCAAUCCAGGCAUCGCUGCUGGUUUGAUUAGAUUGCAUUUUCAUGAUUGUUUUGUCAGGGGAUGCGAUGGUUCUGUAUUAUUAGAAACCACACCAGGUCAUCCAUCAGAGAAAGAUCAUCCUGCAAAUAAUCCAAGUUUACGUGGUUUCGAGGUCAUCAACGAAGCUAAGUCACAAAUAGAAGCUGCAUGUCCCAAAACAGUGUCGUGUGCGGAUAUUCUUGCAUUCGCGGCACGGGACAGUACUCGUAAAGUUAGUGGUGGCAUAUACUACUCAGUACCAUCAGGACGCAGAGAUGGUCGAAUCUCUAUCUUCGACGAAGUAACAGCAAAUCUACUACCACCAUCUACCGAAGCGGAGAAACUUAUCAAGCAUUUUGGUUCCAAAGGCUUGUCAGCAGAUGAAAUGGUUACACUUUCUGGCGCUCAUUCUAUCGGUGUCUCACAUUGUUCAUCUUUCUCAAACCGAUUAUACUCUUUCAAUGCCACAUAUUCUCAAGAUCCAUCUAUGGACCCUAAGUUUGCUAUGUUCUUGAAAUCCAAGUGUCCACCACCACAACCUCAGUCACAGGUACAAAGCAUAGACCCAACAGUGGUGUUCGAUGGUUCCACGCCUAAUGAUUUGGACAACAAAUACUAUAUGAGGUUGAAGAAUCACCGCGGUUUAUUAACUUCGGAUCAAACGUUGUUUGAUAGUGAGUUAACUAGGCAAAUGGUGUUAAGAAAUGCCAGACAUGCUGCAAUCUGGAGAGUGAAGUUUGCUAAGGCUAUGGUGCAAAUGGGUUCCAUAGAUGUGUUGACAGGUUCUCAAGGUGAGAUUAGGGAGCGCUGCAGUGUUGUUAAUUCUUAUUAACUGGACCAGAUUAAUUCUUUGAUUUUCAAAAAAUUGUCCAUAGAUGCAAAGAUAUUUUUUUGUUCAUAAAUUUGUUUAUUGGGAUUAAAAGAUUAUUGGGUUUUUCAUUCUUUGAUGUUAUUAUAUUUUGUUUGGAAUCAUUCUUUAUAGUUUGUAAUCUUUAUCAAUUCAAGUGUAUAUGUGCAAUCCAAUGUAAUAAAAUAUGAAAAAGUAGUGAACUACUCUCUUU